AUGUGUUUAUUGAAGGCUUUCAUUAUAAAAAAAUAUUUAAAAUUUGACAACUCCAAUUCAACCCGUCUUUCAGCUUUGCACCGGCACCAGAUAUUUAAUCUCAAAACACACUCGCCAUCGAUUACUGUGAUGCAUCCUCCUAACUGGAAAAUAUUUUCUAUUCUGUUCGCAGCAUUAGCUCCGGUACAUUUGAUCAUAGCUUGUUUAAGCCCGUUAGAUAUUGCAAAUGCUGUCAACAGCCUUGCUACCGAAACAUUUAGUUUGAAAGACUACGUCGCUUCCGUAGUAGCAAGUCACAAGGCUACUGGUAUCCUAAGUAUCUAUAGACAAUUCGACGAGAUAUACGAUCAUACUUUGAGCGACAUUGGAUUCACGAGCGGAUGUAUCGUCCUCGUCAAUAAUACCGACCAGCAAGUCGUCUACGAAGCCUAUUCAAACGUAAUAUUUGCACUAAAAUGA